AUGAAUGAUCAACCUCUUCUUAACCAGCGAGUCCAUGAUAUUCUUGAGCGACGGCGCCGUGAAGGAAGCCUGCUGAUCCCCCCAUCCCCACGGUCGCAUGAUACCGUUGACUUUGGCUCUAAUGACAUUCUCUCUCUGUCAUCCUCCCGUGUCCUGAGCAAAGCGUUCCUGGAUGAAAUUGCAAAGCAUCCGGACUUUGAGAUAGGAAGUCCUGGUGGACGUGUGGGGGGAGGCCCGACUGCGUACCUGACCGAGGUCGAGAGCUUCAUCGCCAGAGUACACAGGGCCGAAUCAGCGACCUAUUUCAAUUCCGGUUACGACGCAAAUGUCGCCAUCUGGUCAUCUAUUCCACGGAAAGGAGACGUGAUUAUCCACGACAAGGAGACUCAUGCCAGCACCUACGACGGCAUGCGACACAACCGUGCAACCCAGAUACCCUUUGCCCACAACAAUGUUGAUUCAUUCCGGAAAAGUGUACGUUCAGCUCAGAGCCAGUUUCCGGAAAUUGCAGCUGGAAAGAAGCUUGUCUUCUUCGCAGUCGACUCCUUCUACAGCAUCGCUGGAGACAUCGUACCGAUUCACCAGUUACUUCUUGUGGCGGCGGAACUACUGCCGCAUAAGAACUACGUAUUUGUUGUUGACGAAGCUCAUUCCAAUGGCCUGCUGGGUCCCAACGGCUCCGGUUUUAUUUCCUUCUGGGGCUUGGAGGCCGAGGUGGCCAUCAGGGUACAUACUUUUGGCAAAGGGCCCGGAGCUACUGGUGCGGCUGUCUUGGCAACGAAGGACAUUAAGCUCAUGUUGCUGAACUUUGCCCGUAAUCUGAUCUUUAGCACCGGCCCAACGUUCCCAGCACUGGCGACAGUCAAAGCAAGCUAUAAUCUGAUCACAAGCCAGGAAGGCGAAAAGCGGCGCGAAUCACUGCAAAAGAACAUAAUUCACUUCUACAGGGGUCUCGAGGCACACCCGCAAUGGAAAAAGAUAGAACAGCUAGGUAUACUGCGAGUCCCUCUACUCCAGGAUUGGGACAUGCGGCCCUUUCAAACCCCCAUAAUAGUUUUGUAUACACAGGAAGGGCAGAGUAAGCCACUCGCGGACGAGCUUGGUCGGCGAAAAUAUCGCGUUCAACAAGGGGGACAUCCAUUUGUACCGCGGGGAUUGGAAGGCAUACGCAUCAUGAUUCAUGCAGGAAACACUGAGCAGGAAAUUGAUGGACUCCUGGAAGCUGUCAUAGCCUGGAGCGAUACCCGCUCUAAAACUAUGGCCGAGGUCUCUCUAAGGAGUAAACUCUAG